CAGGGCAUUAAUUUAAGUGGUGGCCAGAAGCAGAGAGUGAGCAUCGCCAGAGCCCUCUAUUCUAAUGCUGACCUCUACAUCUUUGAUGACCCCCUCAGUGCUGUGGACUCUCAUGUGGGGAAGCAUAUUUUCAAACGUGUUUUAUCAGACAAAGGGAUGUUGAAAAAUAAGGUAUGAGGGACAGUUAUAAUUAUGAAAUUUUCUUAUCACAAAGCAUUCUGUUGAUGAUUUUUAAAGUGAUUAUUAUUACAGCCCUAUAACAACUAAGAAAAUCCAAGAAUUCAUUUAGAAUUAGUAUUGUGUGAUUCAUAGCUGUCUGUGGUAUUUAUUGAAGCAUCAAUAAUGAUUAUUAUAUUAUUUCAUCAAAGUGAGCCAAUAAAACAACUGCAGCUCUCCCCUCUGAAGCUAGCUUUAUUUGAAUAUGUUAUUGAAUAUGUUGUUAAGCAUGUCAUUGAACUUGUCAUUUGUAAUUGAACAUGUUCUUUGAUGAUGCCGAUUUACUCAUUAAAUACUCCCCCUCAGACCCGGAUCAUGGCCACCCAUGCAGUCCACUGGCUCCCACUGGUAGACACAAUUAUUGUCAUGCAAGAAGGACGCAUCACGGAGAUGGGCUCAUAUCUUCAGCUCAUGAAAAAAGAUGGUAACUUUGCCCAGUUCUUGCUG